AUGUCUGCAAAUUUAAAUAAUGGAAUUUUACGAACAUUAAAUCGUACGCCACAACAAAAUUCUAGUUCUUCAAUCAUGAAUGAAUCAGGUAGUUCUGUUAUUGAUACAAUUCGAAAACGUAUGCAACAAAUGAAAGAUGAGUUGGCGAAAUCUCAAGAUGAAUUGCAUGCAUAUCAGAUUGAACGUGAACGUGAAAAACAUGCACGAGAACAAGCUGAAGGUGAAGUAGGUGGUCUUCAACGUCGUAUACAAUUAGUUGAAGAAGAUCUUGAACGUACUGAAGAACGUCUUACACAAGCUACACAAAAACUUGAAGAAGCUUCAAAAGCCGCUGAUGAAAGUGAACGAAAACGUCUUAUUCUUGAUGGCAAAGUAUCUGGUUUUGGUCUCGAACAACGUACAUACCAGGAUGAUGAACGUAUUGCUACACUUGAACAGCAAUUGGCCGAAGCACAGCUUAUAGCUGAGGAGUCCGAUCGAAAAUAUGAUGAGGUUGCUCGUCGUAUUGCUAUUAUGGAAGUCGAUUUGGAACGUGCUGAAGAUCGUGCUGAAGCCGCCGAAGCAAAAACUCUUGAACUUGAAGAAGAACUCAAAGUUGUUGGUAAUAACAUGAAAUCACUUGAAGUUUCUGAACAAGAGGCUAUACAACGUGAAGAAAGUUAUGAAGAACAAAUUCGUGAUUUAGCUACACGCCUUAAAGAUGCUGAACAACGUGCUGAUCUUGCUGAACGUACAAUGGCCAAAUUACAAAAGGAGGUUGAUCGUCUCGAAGACGAAUUACUUGCCGAAAAAGAGAAAUACAAGAAUGUCAGUGACGAACUUGACAUGACAUUGAACGAAUUGUCGGGUUAUUAA